CGGCUGAUAGUUUACCGAAUUGUAUUUCUCGCGUGUGUUUUGCAUUUAUUUGCUGGUGCGUGUGAUUUCCACAAUUUUUGCUACAAAUUGGGCAAAACAAGUGCAUAAUUUGAACAAAUUUGUUUACGGUAAAUAAACAAAAGUGCAUAAGUAAAGUGUUGUGUGUGUGGCAACUGAUUGGCGUAUGUGAAUUUUAAGAAACACAUUGCAUUUAAAACGUAAAUACAUUCAUAGUUCAACAACAAAUUAGCUGCAAAAUGCCGAAAACCACACGAACUGUGAGGGAGCAGGCAAAAGUGGAUUUGUCCAAAAUACCGGCACAAGUCGAGCGCGUUAAUGUCAGCGGCUUGCUGCGCACACACAAUGACUACGUUAUGAAGGCAGCCGAAGGACUCUUUAAGGCGCGAAAUUUCGAAGAUGUCAUGAUUGAAUCAAUGAACGCCAAGUCCUACCUUCACGAAUUGGGCAUUUUCAAAGAUGUACAAGUGCGUAUCGAUAUAAGCAAAGAUGCGAAUGCCUCACCCAAUGGCUAUGAGGUUACACUGAAAGGUCAGGAAUUGUCACGUCUUGUCGGUUCUGUUGGUACUGAGGUGGGCCAAAAUGAGGGUUCACUACGCACCGAAUUGAGUAUACCAAAUUUAUUUGGACGCGGCGAAAGCAUUUCACUACAAGGUUCCUAUGCGACAACGCGCACCAAUGAAUUGCAGCUAAAAUUCUGGAAAUCAUUCUUUCAUACGCGUUUCGUAGAAAAUCGACCUGAAAUCUCCUUCUCACUCUUCCGCCACGUCGAUCGCAUGGACGUUAGCUUAUUCCAAAAUUCUAAUUUGGGUUUCAUUGCCGAUUUCUCGUGGAAUUCACUCCUCCCACUUGAGCUCACGCACUCCGUACAGUAUGAGGCGUCUAUACGUGAACUCUCGUUGCUAGCGAAACAAGUACCCUUUCCCAUACGCGAACAUUGUGGCCCGAAAUUGGCAUCACUGGUGCGCUAUUCGGUAAUCUACGAUCAACGCGAUAAUCCUGUUUUCCCCACACAAGGCAUUAUGUUGAAAUCGGUCAACGAGUAUUGUGGUUUGGGUGGCAAUUUAGCUUAUAUGAGUACAACAACACAUGGUGAGAUAAGUGUACCGUUAUUUGCGGGUCUUGUAGCGCAAGUUUGUGGGCGUUUGGGGUUAGUGAAGGAAACGAAAAAUACGACGCUACUGCCAAUUAGCAGUCUAUUCUACUGUGGUGGACCGCUGACGUUGAGAGGAUUUAGAUUUGGUGGCGCUGGUCCGGUAGUGGAGACGACAUCGAUUGGUGCGCAGACCAACUGGUCCAUGGGCCUCCACUUAUGGGGACCGUUGCCUUUCAAUCACGUAUUCAAAGGAUUGGCAAACAAUUUCCGCACACAUUUAUUCUACAAUUUUGGUGGAUUCAACACGUUUACGACAGAAAACAUGCGCAGCGCUUACGGCGUUGGUCUGGCAUUUAAACUAGCGGAACGUGCACGCAUCGAAUUGAAUUACUGCAUACCCAUACGAAAAUAUGCGACCGACAAACCAGUGAAUGGUUUUCAAUUUGGCAUCGGCUACGAGUUUGUAUAAAUUUACUGGCAUUUAAUGCUUGAAAAACUGGAGGCGAUGACGCAGCAGACGGAAGGGAGGUAGCAACGUAAACACUACCACUAACACUCACACAGCUCUUUCUCAUUCAUUUACUGUCGUUUACCCGUUUAUUUUUUGUUGUUGGCUAAUCGAAGACAUUAAUUGUUUAAUGUUUGUUAUUUUAUUGUAGUAAUUUAAGUUAAAUAUUAAAUAAGCCAGACAAGUCACAAUUGCA